AGAGAGAGAGAGAGGGACAGAGAGACAGACAGACAGACAGAGAGAGCGACAGGACGUCGGGCUUCAUACAAAACGUGCUGCUGCUCUCUGAGGAGGAAACAUGGCUGCCAACGCACCGACAGACAAGUACCGAGGCGUCUGGCUGAUCUUCUUCAUGCUGGGGCUGGGAACGCUGCUGCCAUGGAACUUCUUCAUGACUGCAACCAGGUACUUCACCAGCCGUCUGCGGGAGCCGUCAUUGGUCAGCUCAGCAGCCAAUGGGACGAGUGGCGACGGCGAGCAGCGCAGCGUCCUGGAGGCGAAGUUCAACAACGUGAUGACGCUGUGUGCCAUGGUGCCGCUGCUGCUCUUCACCUGCCUCAACUCCUUCCUGCACUCCCUGGUUCCUCAGAAGCUGCGGGUGAUGGGCAGCCUGGCCGUCAUCAUGGCCGUCUUCAUGGUCACCGCCGUCCUGGUCAAAGUGCCGAUGGAGCCUCUGCCGUUCUUCAUCAUCACCAUGAUCAAGAUCAUCAUCAUCAACUCGUUCGGGGCGAUCCUGCAGGGCAGUCUGUUCGGGAUGGCGGGGCCGCUGCCGGCGUCCUACACCACGCCCAUCAUGAGCGGCCAGGGCCUCGCCGGCACCUUCGCCGCCUUCGCCAUGAUCUGCGCCAUCGCCAGCGGCUCGGAGAUGCAGGACGCUGCGUUUGGGUAUUUCAUAACGGCGUGCGGGGUCAUAUUUCUGUCCAUCCUGUCCUACAUCAUGCUUCCUAAGCUGGAGUUCUUCCAGUUCUACCAGGAGAGCGAGCGAGCGCCUGACAGCGAGGAGAACAUGUUGGACCUGAUGAAGACAGAGAGCGGCGGAGCGGUGGGCCCGGCGGAGCCCAGCGGCGGACAGGGCGUCUCCAUGACAACCAUCUUCAGGAAGAUCUGGCUGCUGGCGCUCUCCGUGUGCUUCACCUUCACCGUCACCAUCGGCACGUUCCCCGCCGUCACCGCCGACGUCAAGUCCACCAUCGCUGACGGAGGAUCCUGGGAGCUCUACUUCAUCCCGGUCUCCUGCUUCCUGCUCUUCAACCUGUGUGACUGGGCCGGCAGGAGCCUGACCGCCGUCUGCACGUGGCCCGGCAGGGACAGCCUGCUGCUGCCGGCGCUGAUCGGCGGCCGCCUGGUGUUCGUUCCUCUCUUCAUGCUGUGUAACGUGCAGCCGCGCUUCACCCUGCCCGUCUACUUCCACCACGACGCCUGGUUCAUCCUCUUCAUGCUGCUGUUCGCCUUCAGCAACGGAUACCUGGCCAGCCUCUGCAUGUGCUUUGGCCCCAAGAAAGUCCUUCCUCACGAGGCGGAGACAGCUGGGGCCAUCAUGGCCUUCUUCCUGUCUCUGGGUUUGGCGUUGGGAGCGGCGCUGUCCUUCCUGUUCAGAGGACUCAUCUGACGUGACGCCCAAACGCCUCGGACUUCUGAUCGGCCGAUCUGACGACACCAGCCGGCGUCUGAAGAGCGAACACACCCACCCGGCAGGAGGCGGCGCUCUGCCGGCCUCGGCUUCAGAGGGAACUUUACGGAUUCACAGCUGCUCCCGCUCAGUGGUGUUCAAAGUGGGGUUCAGGGGCAGCCAGGGGCCCGAGGGGGUCUUCCAGGGGGUCCUCAGCAAAAUGAGGAG